GUUUUCGCGAGAUCUGGGCUUACUUUUGCGGGGGUGGUGUUGAUGAGGUGUGUGUGGGAAGGUAGGGAAAGAUGAGUAUUUUGUACUCACGGUUAUCCUGACGGCCGUGCCUCCUUGCUGGAGGUCUCAAAUGCAGAUCAGGCGGCGAUCCGGGUUUUUUUCUUGGAUAUCUAUGUGAAGAACACGGCCGCUGUUGCGAGGAGGGUUGCGGCUGCAAGUUGCCAUAGUUACCGGUCGAUGUUGGCCAGACGUGGAGGAGCUCGGAGCUGCCCUCAAUUUACGCCCUGAGAAAAUGGCUGAUCUGGUGGCAUUUUGGGAAGUUGCUCUAAGUGAUGGUGUGCAUAAAAUAGAAUUUGAGCAUGGCACCACCUCAGGAAAGAGAGUGGUGUAUGUCGAUGGAAAGGAAGUUAUACGGAGGGACUGGAUGUUCAAACUUGUUGGGAAGGAAACUUUUGCAGUUGGAGCUACUAACAUUAAAGCAACAAUCAAUAUUGAUGCAAUUAGUGGUUUUGCUUAUGAAUACACAUUGGAGAUCAAUGGGAAGAGCCUAAAGAAGUACAUGGAGAACAGAUCAAAAACGACAAACACGUGGAUAUUAAAUCUAGAUGGAAUAGAUUCACGAAUAGUGCUGGAGAAGGACACCAUGGAUGUUUGGUGCAAUGGGAAAAAAGUGGAGACUGCGGGCGAAUUUGUGGAUGAUGGCACUGAAACUCACUUCACUAUUGGUAACCAUGACUGCUGUAUCAAAGCUGUUAGCAGUGGUAAACGAAAAGAAGGAAUCAUCCAUACUCUUAUUAUGGAUGACCAGGAAAUCCCUGAAUCUGCUGAGUGACUACCUGUACAUCAACCAAUCAGAAGAACAACUUUUCUAGAAAAAUUAGGUUAUUCAGUUGCCAUGCUAUCAUUCAUGCCACAAUAUGAAGAAAUACUACUCCUGAAAAUGUCAAUUUGAGAAAAUGCAUUUUCUGUACAAUAAUCACACUUCAAUGAUAAUUAGAAUUACUUGGUUGACCUAAACUUACUGUGUUGCUAUCAGACCAUUUAUGAAUAACUAUAGUUUUGGGCUAUUCCCUGUAUUUAAAAGCAAAUGGUAUAUGCUGCUGGUUUAGGGUGUAGAUCAAUAAAACACUUCAUUCAAGUAAUGAAUUAUUAUUUUUUUUAAAAUGAAGCAUAUCAUGUUAAUUUUCACGUUUUUAGUUUUAAUGAUUUAAUUCAUUCUUUCAUAGUAUAAACUAGUUUCCACUAUUUUGUGACAAUAGACCUCAAAUCCAUUUCUUCUGGCAUUAAAUACCAUAGAAUCAUUUGAAAAAUAAAAAUAUAAUUCAGUAAUUUUUCAAAUUGCACUGUGCACUUCACAUUAUGAAAAAGCACAGCUACAUUAAAUAGAUUGCAAUUACUUAGUAAAUGUGCAUUUUAUUUUUGUGACUGUGAGGUUGACAAACAUUAAUAUGGGAACAGAUGGCUUUCGGGUAAAUGCUGUUCUGUUGAUACAUAUCUACAUUGAAAUCAAUAUCUUGUCUGGUACAACAAUAUUUGGCCAGAUCAAAUUUUGUUUUUAAACUGUUGCUCCCGAAACAAGAGUUUAUGUUAAAGUUUUGAACAGUUUCAUGUAAGUAAUCCUGUUUGCCUCAAUACACUGAAAAAAGUAUGGGCCCAAGUAGGUAUAAUGUAUUAGUAGACUUUCUUUAUAUGGAAGAUUUUUAUGAUAUGGAUUUUUUUAAUACAAAUAAAUGUUUUUGCAUUGGA